GGACUGCCGAAGGAAGCAGCAGCACGAACAGUUUGUAACAUCCAAAGUGAACCGCUCCCCCUAAAUGGAUCAAGUGGUGGUGAUAUUAUUAUAGAGAUAAAGUAGCAGCUUUUUGUGGAGCUUACGUUUGGCGGCUGGGUGGAUUUAUUACUUUUUGCUGACUUGCUGCUUGUUGGAGCAGUGUUAUUGCUGGUGCUGAUUGUUGCUGGGAGUUUUAGCCUAGGUAAGAUAAGGUUAGCCGCUGGUAAUCAUUCAGAGGCUCGCUAACCUUGUGUUGGCUGUACCGGGCAGCGACAGGCUGCCUGCCUGCUGCUUUGGAGAGAUGACCGACGGAAACCCAACGACAUCCAACGCCUGUCAGUCCGAGGGGUUCACUGCACCAUACAAGAGGAAGAGGACGAUUGAAGAUUUUAACCAGUUUUGCACUUGGGUCUUGGCCUAUGCUGGCUACAUCCCAUACCCGGAAGAGUUUUCUGCACUGCGCGACAGUUGCAGCCCCCCAAACAGUACAGGCAGCACAGUGGACAGUGAUGGCUGUAUUCCUGUACCCCCACCAUCCUGCCCACAGCGCCCCUUCAACACCCCACAGGACAGGAGCAGGAAACAUCCACAGUCUGGGGCCAAAUCAUUGAGUAACAACAAGAAUGAUCACACGUUCACCGGACUGCACUCGGAUGACCGUAGGAAAGCUGACAAACUGAAAAAGAAGAGGCGGAGAAAGGAGAAGGAGAAUCACGUUGGUGGGCAGCAAGCUGUGCAGCCUGUCCACUUUGUAGCCCCCGAGCUGUCAUACCCACUCCCUUUUGGUGUCUCAUCAGUCAAAGAAGAACCUGAUGAUAUCGUCAUUUCCCUCCAUCCUCAACAUCUACCCAACCCAGCACCCUAUACGGAGGAGCGCAAGGAGGAGUCAACAUACUGGGAUGGUCAGGAGCUUGACGAGGAGACAGUCAAGAUCCCGGGUUCUUCAGGAAACACAACGGUGUUUCGCCAGGGAAAACAGGUCGUCUACCGAGAUGAAAGUGGAUCAGGAGAGGACGAAGACAUCAUGGUUGACUCAGAUGAUGACUCUUGGGACUUGGUGACAUGUUUCUGCAUGAAGCCUUUUGCUGGCAGGGCCAUGAUUGAGUGCAACAAGUGUCACACCUGGAUCCACCUGUCAUGUGCCAAAAUCCGCAAAAGCCACGUGCCAGAGAUUUACGUGUGCCAGAGCUGCCGACAGACAUAUGGACUUCCCGAUGACCGUCGCCCCCAUCGUCCACGCGUCAGCCCUCGCAAACGUGUAUUGGACUGACCCCAAGUCAAAUCCUGAACUUUAUGUCCUUCCGCUCCAGAUUUCUCCCGCCUGCUGACUGAUAGUUCCUUAAGUGCAGGUCUUUCUUGACCCAUAAUUUAAUGUCGUUGUUGGAAAGCCUGGACCUGAAUUUUCUAAUGACAUUUUUGGUGGACCUAUCCCAAGUCCUUUUCCAUUUGAAAACAAUCCGAGUGCUUUUUUAGAUUUACAAAGGUUUCUGCUUCCAUUCAGACUUUGUGCGUAAGGCAAUCACUGAAGUACGGUGGCCCAUAGAGGCCACAACACUUCCAAAUUGAGACAACAUGAAUAAAUACAGAAAACAUAAAAAAAAAAAAAAAACCAGCAGCAACUCAACAGG